GUCAAUAUAUCCCCGUUCCCAUAACUCAUUUCCAACCCAAUUUUUUGGAAAAUUGUUAUCAAAACUCGGUUUUUUACGGCAUUUGACCGGCAGCAACAUUUCGGCCUAAACCUAAAAUGAGUGAGCCGCUUUCGGGUCCCUGGCUGCGUUUCGCCUACAAUGGUAUCCUCCUCUAUACGGCUGUUAGCUCUGGCUGUAAAAUGCAGCCGGAGGAGCAUCCUCUCGCCCUGGUAGCCUGCAUGGUGGGUGGAAUCACGGCCGUGUUUGGCCUGCUGCGGGUAAUCUUUGCCAGCGGCCAGCCAGAGGAGUGUCGAAAGUUGAGGGACAUAACGCACGGAGUGCUGGAACUGGUGCCAUUGUCACUGACCAACAUGGAUCUCUAUAUGCAGUCCACCGGCUGGAGUGCUGUCACCUUGGGCCAUGGCUUCUUCUUGCUGCCGCUGCUCUGUGAUAUGAGGUGUUGUCUGGCAAAGAAUCGGGUCGAUUGCGGUAUAUCCGAUAGCCUCAAGGAUCUCACCAUUCUGGGCAACAUAGUGUCUCUUGGGUUUUUGGCCUUUGUGGAACGGAACUUCCUCUAUCUGCGAAUGAUGCUGGUCAUGGCUGCGAUCAGGUACGGAGUGGUCCUGGUGGACAGCAUCAGGGAGAACGCUGGUGAGGAUUUGCAAGUGUGCGGAACGGCAUUGUUCUUGUACCAACUGGGCAAGGCCGUUGAGUCGGUCGCCGAGUAAUAUUUGAAGGGGAGAGCACCUUUGCAUUAACCCCUGACCACAGCUGCUCGCUUCAAGGGUUUCGCCUCCCUUGUUCCGCUAAAUUUUCCGUGAAUUGAGUUUUGAACCUGGAUUAAAUUUCACUUCACCUGACUUUCAA